AAUGGAGUGGGGGAUUUUUGAAAGGCAAGAUGUGGUGGAUUAGGGUGAUAUUGACAGGGAGUCGUCCUGCCCAACGCCGGGCCUGUGUUCGCGAGCGGGCCGCGACGAUGUCAGAGCGGGUGAAUCCCGCAAGUCUGACUGCGAAUCUGUUGACGUCGAGCCCGCGUCGCACCCGGAUGACGGUCAGAGACAGGGAGAAAACUCCCCAAUCAAUAUACAAACAAAUGUACAAACAUUGAUGGACCCUAUCUUAACAG